AUGGUUGAUCUUGUUGGGCUUGCUUCUAUCGAGGACAAGGAUAAGUUCAAGGUGGCACAGGAAGCUUUCCAGGCGCAAUGUCGUGCAGAAUCCAUGAUCAGGGCAUCUCAUUCAUUGCUCUCAAUCAUCCAUUCCAUGAAACUGCUUUUACUCCUUUCAGACGAGACACAGAUAGCAAACCGUCGUGACGUGGAAUUGAAGAAGGUACAAGCAGAAUCUGACGACACUCAGAAGAAGGUCGCCGCGCUGCUCGAUGAACUGUUGCAUCCAUCCACCUCAGAGACAAGACAAGACGCAGCCAUGGAUACUUCGUGA